UGGCUGAUCUGUGUUAUAGCUCACUAUAUGUCUUUAAUGCCCGUUUGACCCUGUGAAGACACGGGUUCAUGUGUAUUAAUCUGACUCGGUGUAAGAAUGAAACCCCUGAUCACUGAUCACUGAUCACUGAGUGACGUCUGCAGCACACUUCCUGCACAAACACCUCAUCUCUCAAAGUUCACGUCCAAAAAAAAAAAGAGAGAGAAAGAAAGUAAUGUUCCUAAUAGCCGAGCUGCACAGUGUGCCGCUCCAAAUCCACGCUGUGUUUAUCGGCAUUUAGCAGUAAUGUUCAAGCUCUGAGCUAAAAGCUACAGUUUCCCCUGCGCUCCUGCCUCUCAAUUGGUGGAGAAUGGUCAGCUGACGCUGUCAUAUUGUCUCUCAGCGAGCCAAGCCUCAGCUAUAACACUCGGGUUUGUGCGUCUUAACCGGAGAUUGGAAAUUAAUAAUAUUGAAUCCUCAAAGUAGCCCACGUCCACGCGGAGAGGCAGAAAGUGGAGGAAAAGCAGCGGAGCUUGGAGAAAGGUGUGGUUGGUUGACAGAGACGGGGAGAGAGGUUUCACUCAGAGGGAGACUGAACACAGCGAUCAAAGAAGUGGGGAGAGUUGGAGAGAGGGCUACAGGCAAGGUAUGAAUUCUUAUUUCGCGAACCCGUCGCUCUCCUGCCAUUUGUCCGGCGGUCAAGAUGUUCUGCCCAACGUCCCACUGAACUCCACCACCUAUGACACGGUCAGACAUUUUUCGUCGUACGGUGCCGCUGUGACCCAGAAUCGGAUAUAUACACCUUUCUACUCGCCACAAGACAACGUGGUCUUCGGCUCUGGCCGGGCACAGUAUGACUAUGGAUCAAACGUGUUCCUCCAGGACAAGGACGUGCUCCCCAGCUGCAGACAAACAAACAUGGGACUCAACACACAGAGCCACAUUGCUCAAGAGUACAGUUUGGAUCAAGGAAGAGCAGGAGCGCAGGAUCAGAAAGGCAACGUCCCGAUCUACCCGUGGAUGACGCGAAUGAACUCACACAACGGAGUGGGCUACGGGACGGACAGACGCAGAGGACGUCAGAUUUACUCUCGUUACCAAACACUCGAGCUGGAGAAGGAGUUUCAUUUCAACCGCUACCUGACCAGGCGCAGACGCAUCGAAAUCGCCAACGCGCUUUGUUUAACUGAGCGCCAGAUCAAAAUCUGGUUCCAGAACCGACGCAUGAAAUGGAAGAAGGAGAGCAACCUGACCUCCACGGUGACUGGAAGUGAACAGACAGCAGCCCCUCCAGAGGAGGACCGCAGCGGCGCGACAGAGGAAGGGAAGGAGGAAGAAGAAGAAGAGAAGAAGAAAGAAUAGUCCAUCACCUGGUGACCAUUCUAACCCAACAUAACUACCUAAAAAAAACCCUUCGUGGACUGGAGAGCAGCUCCACUGCAUGCUGGCUAUCUCCCACCUAUAUCCCAUGUUGACCACAGGAGUGUUGAGCCUUAGAAAUCAAACUAUUUCAGCCACACCAUGGCCUCCCCCUGACCUCCCCCCCUUCACUCGACCCCCAGUGACAUUUGAAGCUGAGUUUUUUCCUUUUUUAAAAAUUUUAUCUUAUUUGCCUUGUCACAUCUGUAUUGUGAAAUAAUAAUAAUAAUGAUAGUAAUAAAAAAAAAUCAAGUAUUAUUUUCUGUGUUAUUUCACACGCCAGUUAAAUUGUGUGUAUUUAUGCCCUUAAUCCACCACUGUGAACUUCCUGGUCACCUCACUGAAUAACAACAGUGUUGGAGCAGACUUCUGUCAGUAUUGUACACGCACAUUCCACGGGCGGACACUUCCACAGACCACAGUCUGGUUCUUGAAAUGUUUCGCAGAAUGAGAAAAAAAAGAAAAGAAAAGAAAA